ACUCUCGCGACAGCUUGCUUCCUGUCCACGUCACACGGAGACAACUGGAGAAAUAUGGCGGAGCGGAGGAAGCACAAGAAGAGAAUACAGGAGGUUGGUGAACCAACCAAGGAGGAGAAGGCUGUGGCAAAAUAUCUUCGUUUUAACUGUCCUACUAAGUCCACAAACAUGAUGGGCCACAGGGUGGAUUACUUCAUUGCCUCAAAAGCCGUUGAUUGCCUUCUCGACUCAAAAUGGGCAAAGGCUAAGAAGGGAGAAGAAGAUCUUUUCACCACCAGGGAAUCUGUUGUUGAUUACUGUAACAGGCUUCUAAAAAAGCAGUUUUUCCAUCGAGCACUUAAGGUUAUGAAAAAGAAACCAGAAAAGGAACUCAAAAAAGAAAAGGAGAAAAUCAAAAGUGAAAUUGGAAAAGAUGAAGAUAAAAAGAGUAAGAAGGAAAAAGACAAGAAAAAAGAAAGUGAAACUGCAGAAGCAAAAAAGGAGAAAAGUGAUGAAAGUCCUGGAACCCCUAAGAAGAAAAAGGAAGUGAAAAAAAAAUUCAAGUUAGAACCUCAUGAGGAUCAAGUUUUUGUUGACGGAAAUGAGGUUUACGUUUGGAUAUAUGACCCAGUUCAUUUUAAAACAUUUGCCAUGGGCCUUAUAUUAGUGAUUGCAGUUAUUGCUGCCACGCUAUUCCCACUCUGGCCUGCCGAAAUGCGUGUUGGGGUUUAUUACUUGAGUGUGGCUGCUGGGUGUUUUGUUGCCAGCAUCCUUCUCCUUGCAGUGGCUCGAUGCAUUCUUUUCCUGAUUAUCUGGGUGGUGACAGGUGGCCGACACCACUUCUGGUUCCUGCCUAACCUGACAGCUGAUGUAGGAUUUAUUGAUUCCUUCAGACCUCUUUAUACUCAUGAGUACAAAGGACCACGUUCAGACUCUAAGAAAGCUGCCACUGACAAAUCAGAGACAGGACCUAAGCACAAAUCAGACAGUGAAGACAAGUCCGACACUGAGAAGAAGGAAGAAGGAGAGGAAGAAGAGGACGAGAGCAAGGUACCUGGCAGUUCAGUAGAAGAAGUUAAAGCGGUAGAGAGGCAUUCAGACACAGACAGCGACCAAAGGGAGGAGGACGGAUCACAACACAGCAAUGGUAACGACUUUGAAAUGAUCACCAGAGAGGAGCUAGACCAACACACGGAUGAGGGAGAGUGUGAAGAGGAAGGAGAGUAUGAAGAGGAGGACGAGGAGGAGGAUGACAACAGUGAGACAAAGAUUUUGCAAAAAAAAUCAUAAAUGCAAACUUUUGCUGUCAGUAAAGGACUUCUACUAAACGUGAAGAAUCUUUUUUUUUUUUUUUUUGGACUACCAAAACAUUUUACACCCAGCAAGCUCAUCUUUUAUGUGAGAAAAAGAAAAAUAAGCCUUACUGUGAUCAAUUCCUCCCACUGCCAGAACAUUCAGGGUUUCAGUGUUCUUAUCAAGUCAGUGUUUCCUACAGUUUUAGUCAUGUUGGAAUGUGAAUAAAUAAAAGCUUAAACACACGGCACAGUUGAAGAACGCUCUCUCAUUGUCAUUAUGUACGUGACCAGGUCGUGCACAGGUGGAUAAAGCCACUUUCUAUGCCUGCAUGCUUUAUCUUAUCCAUAUGGUGAGAACAUUUUUAUUACUGUCUUUAAUUUUUAAUUUCACGCCAAUAAAUGAGCAGCUCUUUGUAACACUUGGAACUGGAGCAGGCCCUUCUAUACACCAAUGGAGGGGCUGUUGAUUUUUUUUUUUUUUGUACUGUAUCUCACAGAUUUCAUUUCUUUGAAUAAGAGGGGGGAAAAAAAAGUAUAAAAUCCUUUUAAUUUUAGAAGCAGAUACUUGGAAUGUAAAGAACGUUUAGGUGCCAGUUAGAUAACUAAGACGAAAUGUGGAUACAAUCCGAGGUUGGUCCCUUGAUGCAAGAAAUACAUGCAAAGUUUUCCUUCAGGUUUAUUUACAUGGUGCCAAAAUGCCUAAAAUGUAUUGUGUUCAAGCUUUUAUUUAGAUGCUCAAUUUUUGUAUGCAUGCAGUUUAGAAAGGCUGUGGGAUGCAAACAGAGUGCUUGGAGCAGACCACACUUGUUUGACGCGACCAGAGCCACAGUAGCAUAUCCGUACUCCUUGUCUGUAAAACUCUGUGUUCAACAGUCAUCUUUAUUAGCUACCGUGCUCUCAGUAUUUUCUUUUCAUUCUUUAAAUACAUAAGGCAUGUGGGAGGAAGAUGAUGUUGCAGUUGACUUUCUGAAAGUAAUGUUAUCAGCAAUUAAUAGUAUAAAUAUCACCCUUUAUCAAAUUAGAGUAAAUGUAGUACUUUUCUUUGGUAUUUGAGAAUCGCACAAGAAUGUUGGCCUUCCCAUUCAACACUGACGACACAAAACAUCUAGGGUGGUAGACGUGUGGCUGUGGAAGGUGUGAACAGUUUGAGCUAACAUUUCCACUGUAAGUGUGGGGGGCUCUCGCACAUAAAAGCCCAACAAGAAAAUUCAUUGAAGAGAAUUUAAUACAAUCUAAUUAUAUAUAUAUAUAUAUAUAUAUAAAAACCUGGGGUACCAAUGAAUUUCUAGAUCCUGCUCCCAAAAGCCUUACCAGUACUUUUCCAAAAGCACUUUUAUUGAUUCAUAUAUUCUAGUGAACUAUUAUUCCAUUACCUUUAUGGUAAACAUUUCUGACUGUGUUCAGGAUGAAUUGCUUGAAUGAGUUACCAGCGCCUUUUUAUAAACUUUUGGUCAGUAGUAACCUAAACUGAUCGACUGCCCAAAUAAAGUAAGUCAGUUGGGUACGGUGUUUUUCAUAUUUAAAAUCCAGAUUAAAAUCAAGACAUGCACUUUCUACACAUUGGUAACAGAAAAGAAUUGACAUUUAGCAGGUCCAGUCAUUGCAAUUUAGCUCUUCCUAGUGGCUUUAUUCCUGCUUUUGAAAAUAUAACUUGGAUGAGGACCAUACGGUAGGAUAGCAGAGGAAGUAGCAUAGCUUUUUCUAUCUAAUACUGGUUCUUUUUCCUCAUAAGCGAACCAAUUGUCUUUAUUUUACAUUUUUCAAUCAAUUUCUUUUCUGAAGGAAAGGUUUGCUGGUGUGCCAGUAGCUUUAUUGUAGAUAAAGGAGGAUCUAUUAUUUCAAAAUAUCUCAAAUUGUAUUUGAGUGUUGCACAGUAUCAGUAUCACUUGUAUAUUGUAGUUUUCUGCUGCUUUUCCAUAACUUUCAGGAAAAGGAAAAAAAAAAGAUAUUGCAUUUUUACUCCUUAACCACUUAGUUGUUCAUGUUGGAAUUAAUAUAAGAAUACUCUUUGUAGUUACUGGAACAUAAUUUAAAAUAAAUGUAUGUCUGUCUUUAAUGUAUGUCCAUCAUUUUAAUUGCAAUAAAAUGAAAGCAGUGGAGGCUCUA